ACGCCACCGAGAAGCGUCUCUUUGGCAGAGCGCGAGACGGGCGCGAGCAAUUCCAAGCACUUGACUCCCAGACCACUUCAGCGCUGGCGAUCGGUUAGCAGGACCGUUGUAUUAGCGGACUGGCCGUUAGUGCCCACCAGCAUGCUGCUGGACCUGCAAGCUUUUCAAGCAGCUGAACUGUAAACCAUUACUUGUUUCUGUUGUGCACAGGGAUGCCAAAUCAUCAGCUAUACAAAAUAUAAUAUAUAUCAUCCAGCACAAGCAGCCUGUGCUCCUCUAGUUUGUUGGAAGAUUGAAAGAAAGGCACUAACAAUAAUAAACUUGCGUGAUGAGACACACGUAUGGUAGUAUCUACAAUGGCAUGCACUGCAUCUUCGAAGGGCUCUAGUACUUGAGAUGACGCUCUGUGGUUUGCGUGGUGCUGAAGGGAUAGUUCCCGCAGCAUCUUCUCGGGCAGCGGUCAUAUUCAUGAAUUGGAUUAUUGUAUAAAUGCCUGGUCAAGGUCACUAUGCCUUGAUGUUGAUAGAAUUUAGUGGCGUCCAUGGCUGUAGCAAGAAAAAUCAAAACUUUACUGACUGUUAACAUACUCGUUUUUGUUGGGAUCAUCCUCUUCUCUGUAUACUGCAGGAUUCAGGACCGAUCAGAGGAGCUGGUGCAGAUAGUGAGAAGUUCCGAUCGCAGGGCAAGGAGCAAGAAUGCCAAAGCCGGCACUCUACUGGACAGGGAGUCCAUACUACAAAGGCUAGACCAUCUGGAAGAAGUGGUUUACAACCAAUUAAAUGGACUUGCUAAGCCCAUGGGCCUAGUUGAAGGGCCAGGAGGACUAGGACAAGGAGGUCUAGCUGCUACCUUGAGAGAUGAUAGUCAUGAAUCAGAAACAAAGUAUGAAGAAUAUGGUUAUAAUGCUCAACUCAGUGACCGCAUCUCACUGGAUAGGUCCAUACCAGACUACAGACCUAAAAAGUGCAAACAGAUGACAUAUCCAGCAGAACUACCACAGGUUUCAGUCGUCUUCAUAUUUGUUAAUGAGGCCCUGUCUGUUAUUUUGCGAUCAGUGCACAGUGUUGUGAAUCACACACCAUCACAUCUGCUAAAGGAGAUCAUUCUUGUGGAUGAUAACAGUGACAAUGUGGAGCUGAAAUUUAACCUUGACCAGUAUGUCAGUAAACGGUACCCAGGCUUAGUGAAAAUAGUACGCAAUAAUAAGCGUGAAGGAUUGAUUCGAGCCAGGAUACAGGGAUGGAAAGCAGCCACAGCCCCUGUUGUUGGAUUCUUUGAUGCUCAUGUUGAAUUCAGUAUUGGUUGGCUUGAACCAGUCCUCACCAGGAUUAAACAAGAUCGUAGCCGCAUCAUUUUGCCAGCAAUCGAUAAUAUUAAGUACAACACGUUUGAAGUUCAGCAGUAUGCUAAUGCUGCUCAUGGUUACAACUGGGGACUAUGGUGCAUGUACAUCAUCCCGCCUCAGGAGUGGCUGGACAAAGGCGAUGAGUCUGCUCCAAUCAGGACACCAGCGAUGAUUGGUUGCUCAUUUGUUGUUGAGCGUGAAUAUUUUGGUGAGAUUGGACUGCUUGACCCUGGCAUGGAGGUUUAUGGUGGAGAAAACAUUGAGCUCGGUAUGAGGGUAUGGCAGUGUGGAGGUAGCAUGGAGGUCCUUCCUUGUUCCAGAGUAGCUCACAUUGAACGUACAAAGAAGCCUUACAAUAAUGAUAUUGAUUAUUAUGCAAAGCGCAAUGCAUUACGAGCUGCAGAAGUCUGGAUGGAUGAAUUCAAGUCACAUGUUUACAUGGCAUGGAACAUACCAAUGAAUAACCCAGGAGUUGAUUUUGGGGAUGUCUCUGACAGACUAGCUCUUCGCAAACGGCUACAGUGUCAGAACUUUAGAUGGUAUCUUCAAAAUGUUUAUCCUGAAAUGCGAAUCUACAACAAUACCAUCACAUAUGGAGAGGUGCGCAAUGGUAAGGCUAGUGGCUACUGUCUGGACCAGGGCAUGGAGGAUGAUGACAAAGCAAUUCUUUAUCCAUGUCAUGGGAUGUCAUCUCAGCUAGUAAGGUAUACCUCGGAAGGAUUACUGCAGCUGGGGCCUCUGGGAUCCACAGCCUUUUUACCUGAUACAAAAUGCCUGGUGGAUGAUGGGAAAGGAAGAACUCCCACUUUGAAAAAAUGUGAAGAUGCGGCAAGGCCUACCCAAAGACUCUGGAACUUUACACAGAAUGGCCCCAUUGUUAGCAAAGACACUGGGAGAUGUCUGGAAGUAGAGAUGUCAAAAGAUGCCAACUUUGGUCUGCGGCUUGUCGUGCAAAGAUGCUCUGGACAAAAAUGGAUGAUAAGAAACUGGAUUAAGCAUUCGAGACAUUGACCAUACUAUUACAAAGGUGUCAUAUACAUUUUACUAAAGAAGCUGAUUUGCACCACUUUGUAUUUCACCAUAUGAAUCCACAGGCAGCCAGAGUAGGAGGACUGGACAUUCAAAACCCUCAUAUGAUGAACAUCUCCUGUUAAGAGAAGGCAUUCAUAAAUUUAUAAGAAUCUGUGGCCAAAACUGUCAUUAAAACUGCUGGGGUUGAACUUCCAUUAGAAUAAAUUAAAAAUCGACAAUAUUUUAAGAGGACAAAAUCAGGCACACCUCAGAAGGAUACUAAGCAGUAAUACACAUGGCAAGAACUCAUGCACCACAUCUGUGCUGUAAAAGUACUGUGGAUGAUUUUAUCUUACUGGAGGAAAAUCUGUAAUGACACAUGAUAUUUUACUGUUUACUUACAGAGAGGCACACAAGUAUCCUAAAGAAUGGUCAUGUGCCUUUUUAGAUAUCCUUGCUUUUUGGGGGAUUAGAACACUGCCUUCAGCAUGUUUGACUUACUGUACAAGAAACUGUGUAAAUAGUAAACUAUGAACUAUACUAUAAUAUAUUGUAAAUUGAAAAGCUGUGUUCUCUAAAACAAUUGUUCAUUAUUUGUUGAAAAGGAAAAUUAUAGUACUUAGUGAGACAACACAGGCUGGGUUUUCCUCUUUGUCUUACUAAAGUGUUUCUUUCAAAUGUUUUACUUAUAUUUUUCCAUAUUUUACCUUGUUGCAGGGAAUAGCCUAGAUGCUUUUCAGACAGGAUUUCUGUACAAUGCUACCUUUAGGGAUAACAUACAUAUUGAGUUUUGAGUAUUGGGUUAUGAUCUGCGUGGCUAAGAACAUAUAUUACCUCACACUCAGCAGGUGACCUCUGAAGCUUCACUGUUAAGGAUCUCUGUCAUUAGAUAAAAUUAGUGCCACAGACAUUUGAUUUUGCAUGGGUGUUUUUAUCAUGUUUUCCAUAAAUGCCUCACCUCAAUGACAAAACAUUGAUAAACUGAGGUUUGAUGAAAUGGGUUGAAAAUAAAUGCAGUGUUCCUAGUUAUAACUGACUUUCCACUCAAGUGGAAAAAUUGGUCAGGGGGUUGAAAUCCAAGGACUCAAAUGCUCUAGAGAUGAAAUGCCAUCAAAAAUCUACUUUCGUGGACUAUGGGCUACUGCUUUCAUGUUGUGAGUGUGUUGCCACUUUUUUUUAUUUAUAAUUACUAACAGAUGAAAGUGACACCGACAUCAGCUGCUACAUUGUAACAACAGUCUUGUUAUAUGUCCAGGUUGUUACUGAAUAAAACAAGCUGCUAUCUAUUUUUUUUAAAUGUCAAUUCAGACAUAUGUAUGUGAAUAUUUGUAAGAUUUUUCCUCUUACAUACAGAAUACAGUAUGCACUUAUAAGGUUAAAAAAGGGAGGAUUUAUGAAGAAGCAGACAGAGCCACAGCAGAUGAUAAGCCUCCAUCAUGAGUAUACUGGGUCUGUAAUGUCUAAGAAAAAAAUUACAGAGUCAAAAAAAAUUUGAAUUUCAAAAGUUAUGGUUAUGCCAUUGCAUCCGCAACUUUUAUAUACUGACUCCAAAGUCUGUAUACUUUGUAGUAAGAGGAUUAUUCCACUGCAUCACAACCUCUGGCUUCAUAUGUAUAUAUAUAUAUAUAUAUUCUAUUUUCACUUACGAUGCAUCUGCUGUAAACAUUGAAUUUAUGGUCCUUGGAAUUUUAACAGGAACCCACAAGUGACAGAGAACAUGUCAUUUUUCACAUACUAUUUGUUUAUAGGCUACUGUUUUCCUUCAGGCUACUGUACAAAAUGAAAAUACCUCAGGGUUUUAGCGGCUGACAGAUGAUAAGUCAAAAUUUAGAUUUUCAGUAAGAGUUAACCAGCUCUAAGGAUGAGUUAUUAUAAGAAAAUGUCCUUCUGGAAUGCAUUAACAGUGAAUCAGAUAUCAGAUGUUAUCUUAAUUAACACACAAUGGUAUAUUAUAUAGUAAAAUCACUCUUGCAGGUGAUAAAAACACUUUACUUCACCUUAUCCCUGAUGAAACUGUGCAGUAACAUACAACCAUGAUGUCUUGUAAUUUAAUUGUGCAAAUCCCAAGGCUGCACCUUAAGAAAAGUACAUUGAAUGUUUUUCUGAUCCUGCACAUAACAUUUAUCUCAUUAAAUAAGAACAGUAAAGACUUAAGGAUAACAGCUGCAUUGCAAUAUGCCCUCCCUUAGAAAUUUCUGUAAGUGUGGUUAAAAGAAAUGGAGAAGCAGCCCAACACAGAAAACAUUCUAAUAACAGUCCAAUGGGGUAUAAUUAAGAAUCUUGGUACAGUCUGAGAUGAGAAAAUUAUAUCCCUUAGGGUAGUCGUAACUUGACCACUUUGAUUCUCAUAGCUGAUAGUCCACAGUUGAAAACUGUCAUUCAAAAAUCUUCAAAUAAGACAUGCGGGAGAAGAUGUUUUGUUUUGUAAUGCAGCUGGAUGUGUUCCAUCUAAAUUAUCACAAAAUAUUUUCCCAAUCCUCACAUACUAUUGUCAGGAAUUCAGCUCCCUUCUGGGUACUUUUAAUAUUUUUGAAAAGGGUAAUUUUGCAAGUCAGACUUUAACACAUAAACUUUAAUUUCUUAUCACCAUAGCUGUCAGCCUCUUAUGUCCAGAAUCAUGAACAUGAAAACAUAGAGAUCAGAGAUAAAGGCACGUAAUCAAAAACACUUUUAAAAUGUUAUGAUUACUGAUUUACAACGAUGUUAGAAUAAUAGAACUUGAACUGGUAAGCAUUUCCUGAAAAUAAAAUCAGUGUAUAGUUUUAAUUGUUAUUAUUUGUUGACUGUAAUCUAGUAUCUCUUUGAAAAACAUCGGCAGUUUUAAGAGGGACAAAAAAAAUUAUAAGCCAAACUUAGACACAUUUUGAGAGGUAUGCUUACCAGAGUUAAGUGCACUUGUCUGGGUUAUUUCAUUUUCUGCUUUGUUUACUGUUUCUAGAAUUAGCAAUAUACUACAAACUUACAUCUUUAUUUGAUUCAGUCUUUGAACCCUUUUGUCAGCAUGAUUUUAUUGGUUUAGUUCUUAAUUUUAUAGGAUUUGGAAAAUGGGAAUGUGGUUAGAGAUUGGGUCUGCAUUGUCUGUGCCAAAAAUAACCUAACAAAAAUAUUUUGCCAUAAACUCUAAUCCUAAACUAUAGUUUUAAUUAUUUGGGUUCUGAAAUAAGAUGGCAAGUAAUGACAAUAAAUGUCUUUUUUUGAACCGGUAA